CCUCGUAAACGUGCAGAAUCGUUCCCAGACUCUGAAUAUUGUUAUGAUUGUGUUAUCGAGAAGUUCUGCAUAACUGGUCCGAUAAAUUUUGUGCAAUUUACUUUGGAAAAUUAGAAGUCAAAAUCCACAAGACUUGGCAUUUCUGGGUCGAUAGGUCUGAGCCAAAAGAGAGACAAAAAAUUGUAAAAUGUUUGAUCAAGAAAACUUUAAUGUCUUUCGUGACGGCGAUGCUGUUAAAAAUACAGAGAAAGUAAAACGUACCAAUUUACCCCGCAAGGCGAGGAAUUUCAGCAAAGAGCAACUCCAACUUGCAUUAAAGAAGAAAAAAGAAUGCAACUCGAAAGCACAACGCAUAGUAGAAGUUCUGUUGGAACCAGUCGAGGAUGUUUCUGAAUUUCUGUUGAUGCUUCGGGACAUCAACCAAUCUCAUUUUGAAGAUGUUAUUCAAGAAAGAGCAAUCAUGAAAGUUUGUGGAUAUCCGCUUUGUCAAAAUACUCUGUCCAAUAUCCCCAACCAACAGUAUGUGAUAUCAUUGUCCAGCAAAAAAGUAUACGACAUAACGGAGAGGAAAAACUUUUGUACCGGCCAAUGCUUCAAAGCGUCCAACUAUUUAAAAGAACAAAUGUUGACGAGUCCCUUGUGGUUACGAGAUCAAGAAGACAUUCCCACAUUUAAACUGCUCGGGAAUGAUGUGGAGCCAUCGAAGGAACACCGGCAACAAACAAGUUCUAUUGAAGGAUUCAAUCCCCACGAUCUGCAUAUAGUUGAGAGGCCUGUUGCGCGGGAAUCUCAUUCGGGUCAGCAGGAAGUUCCCGGUAAAUGCGAUACAAUCAGAGAGGGUUCUGAAGUACGGAUGUCCAAGUUCAAGGAAUCCAGAGGAGAGGCUAGCAGCAAACGAAAAAGCGAACUGAGUUCGGCCAUGGAACAAUUGUCGUUGGACAACUAACGAUUUUUAUUCAAUUUAUAUCCUUAUUCUUCUGGUGCAAAAUAUAUGCUUAUGGUUAAUUUCGUAAAAAAAAGCUUCAUAU